AUGGUAUUUGCACGUCGUUCCAUCUUCCGAGCUGCGACUGCAGCGCAGUCCUUCCGUGCUGCUCCAGUGACACGUCGAUCUGCUCAGCUCCUUGGCCGCAGAUUCAAGUCUACGGCCGGCAGCUAUGAGCCAGGGCCUAAAUCCAGUGACCUGCCUUGGUGA